ACACUCACGCACGCCUAUAAAUAUGGAAGCAGAUUAGCAUCAGUCUAUACGAGUGAGAAAGAGAGAUAAGAAAACCAUCAAAAUGGAGUUGGAUUUCUUAUUGUUGUUUGCAAUUCUAUUAGGUGGCUAUGUGUUUGUAUUUGGGUUUCUUAGGAACUUCAACGAGUUGUUUUAUGUUGGAUUGCUUAAGAGGGAGGUAAAAUCUCAUCUGCCUCCUGGUGACUUGGGUUGGCCUAUUGUGGGGAACUUGUUAAGCUUCCUCAAAGCUUUCAGAUCUCAAGAUCCUGAUUCUUUCAUCAACCAUUUUAUUUCCAGAUAUGGAAAGACUGGCAUAUACAGGACCUACUUGUUUGGGAAACCAAGUAUAAUUGUAUGUGCACCUGACACAAGCAGGAAGGUCCUCCAAAACAUGGAAGAGCUCAAACAUGGUUACCCUAAAGCAACAUUCAUCCUCACAGGGAGAAAAGCAUUGCACCACGUAACGAAAGAGGAGCACAGGCGGAUGCGCCGCCUAACAACGGCUCCGCUGAGCGGCCACGAGGCGCUUUCGUCUUACGUCGAGUACAUCGAGGAAAUCGGAGUAAAAGUAUUGGAAGAAAUGUCCAGUAUGAAGGAACCAGUUGAGCUCUUGACUGAGACGAGGAAGAUGGCCUUUAAGGUCAUCACUCAUGUUUUCAUGGGAGAGUACAGUACUUCAGUUGUGGCAACUGUGAAGACACUCUAUACUGAUUUAAUUGGAGGAAUGAACUACUCUCAGCCUAUUGAUCUUCCCGGUUUUCCUUUUCAUAAAGCACUCAAGGCACGGAAGAAGUUGGUGAAAAUCUUUCAAUCUAUUUUGGAUGAGAAGAAGGCGACAAAGAGUUAUCAAUUACCAAACGCAAAGAAGGAUUUGAUGGGUUUACUCCUGGGAGUAGAAGAUGAAGAUGGUUGGACACUAGAGGAUGAAGUAAUUAUAGAUUUGUUGCUGUCAUACUUGUUAGCAGGUCAUGAAAGCUCGGCACAUGGAAUAUUAUGGACGGUCAUUUACCUAUUGCAGAAUCCUCAAGUCUUACAAAAAGCCAAGGAAGAGCAACAGGAAAUCAUGAAGAGAAGACCGGAUACACAGAAAGGACUGAAUCUAAAUGAAAUUAGGCAAAUGGAAUAUCUUACAAAGGUAAUCGAUGAGACUCUACGCAGAACUACUCUCUCUAUGGCAAAUUUCCGAGAAGCCAGUGUUGAUGUUAAGCUGAACGGUUACAUCAUACCAAAAGGAUGGAAAGUUUUGGUCAUGAAUAGAGGUGUUCAUAUGGAUGCUGAACUUCAUAUGAAACCAAAAGAAUUCAUCCCAGGAAGAUGGGAUGAUGAGAAACCCAAAGCAGGGUCUUUCCUUCCCUUUGGAGCAGGAGCGAGAUCCUGCCCAGGCCAGGACCUGGCCAAGUUAGAGAUCACAAUAUUCCUUCAUCAUUUUCUCCUUUACUACAAUAUCGAACGCGUUAAUCCAGAAGCUCCAAUUAAUUACCUACCAAUACCGGCCCCUUCAGACAACUGCCUUGUGAGGGUCACGAGGGUCUCUUAAGCAUCUUGUUGUCUACGAGUGACUCAUUCUAGUUCUUUGUUGUGAAAUAGCUCACUAUGGAGCUCUACGGUCUAAAUAAGAGAAGCUCAUGUGAAUUGUAGUAGUAUAUGUCAUCAAAUGUUGUAUGCCCUUCCUUUCUGUGGUUGUUUUAAUAAAAAGUUAUUUGAUGCUUCCUGUUUA